AUGUCAACUAUCACCGAAAAAGCACCAGACUUUUCCGCUUGUUCCACGGCCGAGGAUCGUGAGAACAUCACGACCAGAAAAGAUGGCACAUUACAAGAUCGGAAGGAUAUGUGGCGUGUUGGCCGGGCGCAGGAACUAAACCGAAACUUUCGACUUCUUUCGGUGGUAGGAUUCAGUGCGGUGUUGAUGUGCACCUGGGAAGCUGUCUUGUUUGGCGCUUCGUACGGGCUCACGGAUGGAGGAAAGGCAGGAAUGAUCUAUACGUACCUCGGUGCAGUGAUAGGCUUCAGUUUCGUGAUCCUAUCGAUGGCCGAAAUGGCCUCCAUGGCCCCAACGUCCGGCGGCCAGUAUCAUUGGGUUUCGGAAUUCGCACCGCCUAGCAAACAACGCUUCUUGAGUUACCUGACAGGUUGGGUUUGCGUGUUGGGCUGGCACACAGGAAUCGCGGGCUGCUGUUAUACUGUCGCGAACAUGUUGGUGGGCUUGCUCGCGAUCAACUACCCUGACAGCUAUGUCUACCAACCGUGGCAUGUCACGCUGAUUGUAAUCGCGGCGGCCCUGGGGGCGCUGUUGUUUAACACGCUCCUGGCACAGAAACUGUCCUUCAUCGAGGGGAUUAUCCUGAUUGUGCAUUGUUUUGGCUUUUUCGGCAUUCUGAUUCCGCUGUGGGUACUGUCGCCCACUGCCCCUGCUUCGGAGGUUUUUGGAUCGUUUGAGGAUAAUGGAGCAUGGGGCAAUAUGGGACUUGCUUGCUUAGUAGGGUUGACAGGGCCGAUCUACGCUCUAAUUGGUCCCGAUUCCGCAGUGCACAUGUCUGAAGAGAUCCGCGAUGCCUCCCGCGUCCUUCCCAUCAGCAUGGUCAGCACCUUGGUUCUCAACGGGACCACCGGAUUCAUCAUGAUCAUCACCUUCGCCUUCUGCAUUGGCAACAUCGAAGAAGUUAUGGCCAGCCAGACCGGAUUCGCCUUCAUCCAGGUCUUCUGGAAUGCUACCGGCUCGUCGCGCGCAGCCACCGGGAUGACUGUCGUUAUUAUGAUCAUGCAAUUCUGUGCUGCCAUCAGCAACGUUGCUACGACAUCCCGACAGAUCUAUGCAUUUGCUCGUGACCAAGGUCUCCCGUUCGCCGGUUUCUUUUCGAAGAUACACCCUACCCUUAAGGUUCCUCUUAACGCUCUCUGUGUCAGCAUGGUCAUCGUCACUCUCCUUUCCCUCAUCAACAUCGGCUCCUCGGUCGCCUUCAACGCUAUUAUGUCUCUGGGCACAGCGGCGUUGCUCUCCUCCUACCUGAUCUCGAUCUCGUGCGUGCGUCUCCGACGAUGGAGAGGCGACCCUCUACCCCCGGCACGAUGGAGUCUGGGGCGCGCAACUCCGUUUAUCGACACCGUAUCAAUCCUCGUGUUGGUAGUCAUUCUCACGUUUAGCUUUUUCCCCCUGACCAACCAUCCUGACGCCGCGGAUAUGAAUUGGAGUAUUGUUAUAUUCUCCGGGGUGGUUUUGUUGGCUGUGGGGUAUUAUGGAUUAUAUGCGAGACAUCAGUAUCGGGGACCAGUAAGUCGGGUUCGGGUUGAGUAA